AUGAAACAUUUUUUAUAUGAUUCUGAGGAUGUAUACACUUAUGAAAAUUUGGAAGAAUUACAAAAAAUACUAUAAUUUGAUUAGAUUGGAGAAGUAACAUACAAUUAAGAAGAAAAUUACAUUAAAUAUAAAAUACAUAGAGAAGAAUGCAUUCGAUUAAGCGAUCUAAUUUAUUUUAUAGUAAAUAUUAAUGUCAAUAUAGUCAUCUAAUCUAGGUAGAAUACAUUUAGGCCAACUAUUGGUCUUAGUUUAAUCCUUAGUGACAAAAGUUUAAUAAUUGGAAUUAGCUAACUUCGAUCAUUUAUAUUUAGACUCUAAUAGAAUUUGGCUGAAAUUCAAAAAUAAAGAGUAAGCAUUAAACAUGAAAUACCAAUAAUUAGAUUAUACUGUUCAUUUCACUGGUUAUUAAUGUCCAAAUUACGAAGAUUUAAAUGAAAAAGAGAAUUUAAAAAUUCCCUCAUCAUAAAAAAUAUUACUAAUUAUAAAAGGUCUUAUUGAUAACUGCUUUAAUAAUAUAAUACUAGCUAAAUCAAUAUAAAAGGCAGAUGUAAAGAAAAGUAUUAUUGAUCCAAUAUUGCAUGAAAUAAGUACCAAAAAAUUAGAUUAAUUGAUUAAAGAAAUCAAUUCUAUUUUAUAGAGAUAUGAAUAUAAGAAAGAAAAAUAAACUAUUUCAUUUGAUGAAUAGGUUACAUUAUUUGAUGAAAGGUUUGAGUUAGACCUAGAUUAUAAAAAAGACAUUAAAAAAAUAAUGGAAACGAAAAAAACUUCAGAAACGACAGCUAACCAUUAUUUUAUCGAAUAUUGUUUAUACUUAAAUCUUCCUUAAAUCGUUUAAGGGUUAGAAAAUUCAAAUUAAUUCUAAAGAAUAUAGUAUGAUGGUGUUAAGACUGUAGAGGUUUUUGAUUAAAUUUAGUCUAAAAUUUAAACAGAAAGAUAAAAUUACAUUGAACAAUUAGUUAAAAAUGAAAUUGAAAAAUAAAGCUAUCACUUUGUAUAAUUUUAUAGAUUUGACUUUGAUUUAGAAGAAAUGAAUAAGAUAAUAACAUCGUAGAUCAGCAAUCAUGCAAUAAUCAAAUAUUUUAACAAUACAUAUACAUAUAAUUUUAAAUAUACAGAAAAACCAUAUAUUGAUCUUUAAGAUACUCACAAAUCUAAUGUAAAUCAACUUUAAUAAGCAUUUGAAAAAUAGAUUUAAAAAGUAGUCCCUCUUAUUACAUAAGAAUGUUUUGACAUGAAAAUCUAACUUCUUAUUUUAGAGCUGAUAAAUGAAUUGGUUUGA